AUGAAGAUAUUUUGGUUACUAACCAUUGCAAUUCUCAUACAAACAGAUGUAUAUGCAGCAGAAUGUCCUCCAACAACGGCAUCGAUACAACUUCUCUUAGAUGAAGCUUUUAUUCCCGGAGCUGCAUUCAUAGUUGUAAAUUCAACUGACAUUAUCUAUGAACAAGGAAUUGGUUAUCAUACACCACCGAUAUUUAAUGAUCGUCGACAUAUUAAUCCAUCUAAUUCAAUUUUUCUAUUAGCAUCAAUUUCCAAAACAUUCGUUGGUGUUGCAGCAAUGCAAAUGGUUGAAUCCAAUCUUCUCAAACUUGAUGUAGAUAUUAAUCUAUAUCUCACACCUCAAAUGAAAGUUAUUCAUCCACAUUAUCCGAAUAGAACAAUUACUAUGCGAAAUUUACUUUCUCAUUCUUCUGGUAUCAGACAAAAUAUUAUUGAAGAAUAUAAACUUUAUGUUCCAGGCGAUGAUUUUACAAAGAGAAAUCUUAGUGAUGUGAUAACAAUGUAUUUAAGUCAUGAAAAUAGUUGGUUACCUGUACCACCUGGUAAUCUAACAUAUUAUUCAAAUAUUGGCACUGGCUUAGCUGCACAUAUAAUUGAACUUUUAGCAGGAAUAUCUUUUGAAGAAUAUGUUCGAGAAAACAUCUUAAAACCUUUAGAUAUUGAUACAAACAAUGCAAGUUAUCGAUUAAGUACAUUUCAAAAUAAUCAAAUUAAUCUUGUUGAUCAUUAUAUUUACAAUGCAUCUUGGUUAGAAUCUUUUCAACAAUUGGCACCAUAUUUUAAUUUCUCUCGAGUAGAAAAUUCAUCGGAUUGGUUUUAUGCUCCAUUCUUUAGUUUUACUAUUUAUCCAGCUGGUAUGUUACGCAUGACGGCGCACUCACUUAGUAAAUUUCUUCGAUCAUUUCUUAAUGAUUUUCACAAUAUUUUGCAUAAUCCUCAAUCAAUCGAUGAAAUGCUUUCAAUUUCUCCUCAAAUGAGUUAUGUGAAUAUGUCCAAUGUGGAAUUUAGUCUUGGAUGGUAUUGGGAGAUAUUUGAUGGACGACGUUUUAUUGGACAUGAUGGUUCUUUACCUGGCGUUCGAACAUCAAUGAUGGCAAAUGAAAAACGAAAUUUAGGUGUAAUCAUCUUAACAAAUGGAGACAUUAUCAAAAAUGAUGAACAGGCACAGAAAGUUAAAGACACAAUUGUUCAUUUGAUGAUUAAAUUAUUCGAUUGUUUUGAAACAAAGACAAAUGCUGCCUUUCACCAACAUGUAAACAUCAUCUACAUAUGGUGGACAAUCAGUAUUCUUUAUUUUUUUAAAUAA